AUGGCUUCCGAAGGCUUCGCGAAACCCUGGGUCGAGGCGAGUAGGGCGAUGCAACCUUUUGAAGAGGAAUUUGGAGAACGCCCAUUGCUUCCCUACGACUCUAUCGAAGAAUGUCUCGAGGGCUUUGGGAAGAUUGGUGCCAAGAUGGCGUCGCGGUACACGUUCCCAGCGCCCGACCCGGCCGUACAGACCGAGGACAAGACUAUCGACGGCGGAUUGAAGGUGCGCAUAUACACGCCAGAAGGCUACUCUGGAAGAAGGCCGGUCGGUGUAUACUACCACGGUGGAGGCUGGGCAAUGGGUGACAUGGACGGAGACGAUGCCUUCUGCCGGUCCAUUUCCAAGGGCGGCAACGUCGUGCUUGUAUCCGUCGAGUAUGGCCUUGCGCCUCAGAACAAGCAUCCGGGACUGAUCAAUGACUGUUUCGCGGGGCUGCAGUGGACCUUGAAGAAUGCAAAGGUGCUAGGCGGUGUUGAAGGCAAGAUCUUUACCGCUGGGGUAUCAGCAGGAGGCCAGCUCGCCAUUGCGCUCGCUCUGAAGGCGCUUGACGAAGGACUGGGCGACUCGUUGGUUGGCGUCGUGGCUCAGGUGCCGGCAACGAUACACCCUGACGGGAUACCUGAGGAGCUCAAAGCUAGAUACACAUCGUAUCAAGAGCACGCCAACGAUACCAUCGACACGGAUCGAGCGAUGCGCGCGUUUUGGAAUGCUUUCGGCACACCGCCUGCAGACCCGUACGGUUCACCCUUGCUCCAUCCGAAGAUCAAGGAUCUGAAAAAGGUGUACCUGACUGUCGCGGGCCAUGACACUCUCCGUGACGAUGGUCUGCUGUUCAAGGAGAAGUUGGAGGAGAACAAGGUACCGUACAAGCUCGACUUUUAUGAAGGAUAUCCGCACUACCACUGGACGUGGCCAUCUUCGAAGCUCGACAAGCCGAGAGAGGAGCAUAAUGCGAACCUUGCCAAAGGCGUACAAUGGGUUGUAUCGUAGCUGCUGAGACAAGAAUAAGAAGUUGUUGGAGGCAUAUCCCCUUCUAGGCACGGCAGGUGCGCGCCAGCCUGUGGAGGCAGUGCGCCGG